GGAACGGCUGGCACCGGAGCUAAUCUCCCUCGCUAAAACUCAGCACAACUAAAAGCAACAGUUUUGUAGCUCAUGUUUAGCCACUUCUCUAAGACAAUACAUCAUGGAUAAAUAUGAAAUCAUUAAACAAAUUGGAGAAGGAUCUUUUGGCAAAAUAUUCUUGGCAAGAGGAAAAAUGGAUAAUGAGCCAUGUGUUAUCAAAGAGAUCAAUUUAACUAAGAUGCCUAUGAAAGAAAAAGAAGCCUCUGAGAAAGAAGUCAUUUUGCUGGCCAAGAUGAAGCAUGCAAAUAUUGUAACCUUCUAUGAUUCUUUGCAAGAAAACAACAAGCUAUACAUUGUGAUGGAAUACUGUGAUGGUGGAGAUUUAAUGAAGAGGAUAAAUAUGCAGCAUGGAGUGCUGUUUGAUGAGGAGCAGAUUCUCAGUUGGUUUGUGCAGAUCUCCUUGGGCUUGAAGCAUAUUCAUGACAAGAAGAUUUUACACAGAGAUGUAAAAGCACAGAACGUUUUUCUUAGCAAUAAUGGAAAAGUAGCAAAGCUUGGGGACUUUGGCAUAGCAAGACAGUUGAACAGUACUACAGAGUUUGCCCAUACCUGUGUAGGGACCCCCUAUUACCUUUCACCUGAGAUAUGUGAAAAUCGACCGUACAACAACAAAACAGAUAUUUGGUCUCUUGGCUGUGUGCUUUAUGAGCUGUGUGCACUGAAACAUCCUUUUCAAGGCAAUAGUUUGCAUGAACUGGUGCUGAAGAUUUGCAGAGGACGUUUUCAGCCAGUGUCUCCUAACUAUUCCUAUGACCUGAGGAUAUUAAUUUCCCAGUUGUUCAAAAUAUCUCCGAGAGAUCGACCAUCCAUCAAUUCUAUUCUAAGGAAGCCCUUCUUGCAGAAACUUGUUCUCAGGUAUCUGCCCCCUGAGCUACCACAGGAAGAACUGAGUUACACUGUGGUACGUAGAAAAAGGCUGUCAGCAUCUCACUCAAGGGCCAAGCAGAUACAAGCAUAUAAACUUCAGAAAUCGAGAGUCCUGGACCCAAUUUCUCUGGAAUCUGGAAUAGUGUUGCCUUUCAAGAAACAAGAAUUAUUUCAAAGAAAUGAAUGGAAGCCUACUUCAAGCAUACAUCAGCCUAUUAUUCAGCCACAGGCCUCCAGAUUUAAUAUGGCAGAGAGGCCAGAAAGCUUUAGAGUACGUGGCCAUUAUGGUCAUUACUAUGAGAAGCUUGACAACUUGCAAAGGAAAGCUAAAGCACAUUAUGACCUUUCUCAUAUCAGCCAAAGAGUUGAAGAUUACUAUAAACUAAAAGGACGAGUUGCACCUCCACCACCUGAUUGGACUGCAGAAUUUCUUCAAAGGCGGUUUGAAGCCCAGCAGUACAAGAUUAAAGUGGAAAAACAGAUGGGACUGCGACCAUCCUCUGCUGACCCGUAUCAUGACCAAACACAGCAGCAGAAAACAAAAGAAGAGCAUCUCAAAAACCAUCAGCAAAACAUGUCUAGAAAGAAUGAAAUGAAAGAACAGGAGUAUUUGAAACAAUUGCAGAAAAUUCGGGAAGAAUACCACAGUGACAUAAAAGAAUUCAGAUUUAGAGCUGGAGUACUCCAGGAGAACCAGAAAAUACAAGAUAAAACCUAUCUUGUGAGGCAAGGGAAAGCUGAGCACCAGCCUGAAAAUGAAGAUAUAUCUGCAACAGGAGAAGAGUCACUUCAGGAUAUGGAGGAAAACUUUAAACAAGUCAGCCUCCAGGAAAGGCAAGAUCAAACAAUAUUGGAAAAGAGACAUACCACAAAAGGAGGAGUAAAAUUUGAAAUUAAUUUAGAUGUAUGUUUUCCUGGGGAAGACAGCAUUCAAGAAGCAGAGGUACUAGAUAAACUCAAUGAGACUUUAACUUUUGUGGAUGGUGAGAAUCUUAAGGAGAAAUUGGUGGAAGUUUAUGAAAAUCAUACAGACAGAGCUUUGGAAAAACUGUCUGAUUACCCAACAGAGUCCACACAUGAUAUGAAAAAACCCAGAAAACAUUGGCAGCCUGGAGCCCCUCAGACACUACUGAAUUUUUUAGCUGGUGCCAAUGUCAUGUCUGCAUGUCCUACUAUGGCUGGAGAUGAACUUGAUGAUCAUGUUAUUCUGCCUGAAGACAUCCCUGAAAACAGGAAGCAGUGGAAACAGACACCACCAGAGACACUCCUGAGCAUCUUAGCAAAAGCAGAGCUGUCUGAUGAUUCCUUUAUCUGUUUUGAGGAAGACAAAGAAGGGAAAUUAACUCUGUUGCCUCCAAAAGAAAACAAGGAAGAUGAUUCAGAAACAUACUCUGUUGCUGUUGAUGAAGGUAGACUUGAGCCAAGAUCAGAUGAUGAAGACACGAAUUUUGAAGAUUCUGAAGAUGAACUCAGACGUGAGCUGGAGGAAUCUCUGGAAAAAUUGUCAACUUCUCCAGGAGAGAGAACCAUGGAGUCUCACAACUCUUUGAUAAAUAAAGGUCAAGCAGAUGAAGAAAAGACGAGUUUACCACACAAACUUGGAAAAUCUGAUGAUGAUUUAGAAAAUAAUCAUGGGUAAUUUGAUGUUGAUGCACAUCAUGAAAAAGAAUUAAAAUUAACAGAAGGCUGCAAUUCUUUUGCUUUAAAGGAAAAAUAA